GCUGGAAAGGGGGCGAUCCUGCUGGUCUGUGGACCACCCCACCAGAGGGUUUGGGUGGGAGGCUCCAGGUGACUCAGGAGAGCUCGCAGGGAUAGACCAUCGAGAGACCAUCAGCUCUCUCCUCACCCGGCCCGACGAUGUAUACUGCCAACCGGAAGAGACUGCAGAAGCUAACGGACUGCACGAGCAAAGCCUCCAAGCAUUUUAACAGAUACGAAAUAGAGUGCCUCAUAAAACUUUUUUAUACCUUGCUGGAAGAAACAGCUGAGAAACAAAGUAGCAUUGGGAUAGAUCGUAAUGCAUUUCGAAACUUCCUGCAUACUACAUUUGGAAUGACUGAUGACAUGAUUAUGGACAGGGUAUUUCGUGCUUUUGACAAAGACAAUGAUGGAUUUGUGAAUGUAACAGAGUGGAUUUCAGGACUAUGUAUAUUCCUUCGAGGGAAUUUGGAAGAAAGAACAAAAUAUUGUUUUGAAGUUUACGAUUUGAAUGGUGAUGGUUUCAUUUCACGAGAGGAAAUGUUUCACAUGCUAAAAAACAGCCUUCUCAAGCAACCAAGUGAAGAAGAUCCAGAUGAAGGGAUUAAAGACUUAGUUGAUAUAACACUUAAGAAAAUGGAUCAUGACCAUGAUGGGAAGCUAUCCUUUGCAGACUAUGAAACAUCUGUAAAAGAAGAAGCUCUUUUGUUGGAAGCAUUUGGUCCAUGUUUACCGGACACAAAGUGCACAUAUAUAAUAAGCAGCAGGAGGAAAGAUAAUGCAAACAGUUUUGCUCAGAUGCAAAUACUGUCAAGGUGGAUAGAGUGCUGGACUUGGAGUAAGGAAGACCUGUGUUCAAAUCCUGACUCUCCUACUUAAUAGCUGUGUGACCUUGGGCAAGUCGUUUAACUUCUGAUUUAACUCCCUAGGACUUAUCUACCAAGUCAUAGAUAGGUUGCUUCCUAGAGAGAAUUCCUAUACUGGGAGUUCCCCACCUGAUGAAAUCACAGAUCAUUUGCCUACUGGUAUAUUCUUUGUCACUAUGUUGUGCAUCAUUAUCA